UUCUUCAAAAUCCGCCAUUGAUCUUAGCUCCAAAGUCCAAGCCUGUCUCCCCCCCUCUCUUUCUCUCUCUCCCUACGUAACAGACAACAAAAUCCGUCCUGACUGAAUCAAUUCCAUCACACCCUCUCUCUCUCUCUCUCUCUCUCAGUAACAGACGACAAAGUUCCUCCUGACUGAAUCAAUUCCGUCCUUAGAUUGCGUCUGAAAACAUCUCACUCACACACCCUCUUUCUCUCUCUCUCUCUCUCUGAAAUGGGCUCUCUUGUUCCAUUCCAAGACCUCAAUCUGCUACCGGACCCGCCCAUGACCGCCACGAUCACUCCCAAGAUCGAGCCGAAGCUCGAACCUACCAACGAACCCUCGCAAACCCCCGUCUCUAACCAUCCCCAACGGCCCCAACCGCUGCCAACCCCGGAACUUCCCAAUUCGACCCCUGAAUUCUUCCUCAAUUCCCCACACACCCCGCAGACCCCCUCCCCGGACGGUGGCGACCAGCUCUUCUCCGAGUUCCAUCGCGUCUCCGAGCUCUUCCGCAACGCAUUCGCCAGGAGGUAUGGCCGCGGCGGCGGCGAUGUCAGCGUGUUGGAUCCCGAGACGCUGGCCAUUGUCCCGGUGAAGAAUGAGGAGGCUCAGCUCUCUCCCUUCGUGGCUUCGCCGAGCAGCGGCAGCCGGCGCCUUCAGCUGCAGCCGCGGUCAUCCGAGCUUGUGAGGGUCGCCAAUCUCAGCGACGAGGAGAAGAGGUACUUUCGUGAGGAGGUGCGUCAAGCCCGCCUGAUUUACGAUAGUCUGCGUGUUUUUUAUAUGACACAUGAGGAGGGUCUUGAUGGUAGGAUGAGGAGGGGUGACUUGGCGGCUGCUUCCAUGAUGAGAGGUCGUGGGUUGUGGGUGAAUCGUGAUAAGAGAAUCGUGGGACCUUUACCCGGCAUAGAGAUAGGCGAUGUCUUCUUUUAUAGGAUGGAGUUGUGUGUUGUUGGUCUGCAUGGUCAGCCACAAGCCGGCAUUGAUUACUUAACUGCUAGCCAGAGCUCGAAUGGCGAGCCGAUUGCAACCAGUGUGAUUGUGUCUGGAGGGUAUGAGGAUGAUGAGGAUGCAGGGGAUGUGAUUAUAUAUACUGGUCAUGGUGGGCAGGAUAAGCUCAAUAGGCAGCGUAACCACCAGAAGUUGGAAGGCGGUAAUUUGGCUAUGGAAAGGAGCAUGCACUAUGGAAUUGAAGUUCGGGUCAUAAGGGGGAUAAGAUACGGGGGUGGUGCGACACCGAAGAUAUAUGUGUAUGAUGGGUUGUAUAGAAUUCUUGAGUGUUGGUUUGAUGUUGGGAAGUCUGGUUUUGGGGUAUACAAGUAUAAGUUGAUGAGAAUUCAAGGGCAACCAGAAAUGGGUAGUGCUAUCAUGAGGUUUGCUCAGACCCUUCGGACAAGGCCGUUGACAGUUAGGCCCAGGGGGUAUCUCAGUCUUGACAUUUCGGAGAGGAAGGAAUGCAUGCCUGUUUUUCUGUUUAAUGACAUUGAUUCUGAUAGCACUCCCCUGUAUUAUGAUUACUUAGCCAGGACUGCGUUUCCUCCGUACUUGAUGCUUCAAAAUGCUAAUGGCGGCGGGUGUGAAUGUGUUCUGAGUUGUGGAAGUAAUUGUUUCUGUGCUUCGAGAAAUGGGGGUGAGUUUGCCUAUGAUCACAAUGGGAUACUUAUCAGGGGAAAGCCGAUAAUUUUUGAAUGUGGGCCAUUUUGUAAGUGUCCUCCGACUUGCCGUAAUCGUGUGACACAGAAAGGUUUAAGUAGUAAGUUGGAGAUAUUUAGAUCGAAGGAAACCAAUUGGGGUGUUAGGACCUUAGAUUUGAUACAAGCUGGUGCUUUUAUCUGUGAAUAUGCAGGCGUUGCACUCACGAGAGACCAAGCCCAGAUUUUCAGCAUGAGUGGCGAUCCAUUGGUCUACCCAAGCAGGUUUACUGCUAAAUGGACCAAAUGGGGAGAUUUAUCCAAAGUGUUUCCGGAUUGUGUACGCCCUGCUUAUCCAUCAAUUCCUCCUUUGGAUUUUGCUAUGGAUGUCUCAAAAAUGAGGAACGUGGCUUGUUAUAUUAGCCACAGUUCAAUUUCUAAUGUAAUGGUGCAGUAUGUAUUGUAUGAGCACAGCAAUGUUUCAUUUCCUCACAUAAUGUUGUUUGCAAUGGAGAAUAUUCCCCCUUUGAGAGAGCUCAGCCUUGACUAUGGUGCUGCGGAUGAAUGGACUGGGAAGCCUCCUCUUCUUUGUAACUGAACUGUCUUGGAAAGUUGGACAGACUGAAUUGAGGAUGGUGGCCAUUUCUAUAUCUAUAUUGGAGAAGUGAUGCAGUGCAGCGCUACAAGGGCUGAGGAGAUCUAUGUUGGACUCCUCCAAAAGAACUUGGACUCCUCUGUGGAGAAAGCUCAACAAAGCUUGAAACUUCUCAUUCCAAAGCUCCACCUACUAUCAUAUAUGUCGCUUUUGGCAUGAGGUCCUAACCACUUUCUUACGUGUAAAUUUUCCUUUUGGCCUCUCGAGGUGUGGAACUCCGGUAAGGAUUUUAUUUCCCUGUUUUUACAUUUUGCAAUGAGGAGACUCGAAGCACCACAACUGGCAAAUUUAAUCGAAGGCCACACUGAGGUCACUUUUCGUUGUAAGGAAUGGAAGUGAGACGUAGUGAAAUAAGAUUGGUAAUGAAUUCCAGUAAGGUCAGAAUGGAAUAAGCAUCAUACCUUCGGUUUAUGGGUGUAACAUUUAAAACCUCUAGAUUUUUGGUUUUCCCCCCUUCUACUAGUUGGUCAUAGAAGUAAUGAUAAAAAUUAUUAUACAUAUCUGGAAUUGUCGACACUUAUAAACUUGAUUUAUGCCCAAAAACUGCGGGGGUUACUAAAGCCAAAACUGUACAUUCCGUGCAUCGACAUUUGAGAUCACCUUUAGCCAUCAUUAUCAUCAUGAACCUUCUCUGUUCAUGUUGCACCAAUAUUUGUGAUAGAGAGGGGCACUGUAUUUGGGUUUUUGAAUAACAGAAAUUUUUGGAAAGGGUUGAAAUGGAAAGUACUCAUCUUUUUUCCUGCGGAACAGGAGAGCAAUAUUUGAUUUUGCUUUUCCAAGGGUAUUAAACAAAAAAAAAUACUUAAUUCAGCUGGACGAUAGAGUUACAUUUGAUUUUCUUUUGUAGGGCAUAACAUGAUAUGGAUGAGUCUAGUGCUUGAGUGGUAGAAUGAGCAUGUGAGAGCAUGGAAUUGCCUCGCUUUUGCUAUUAAUGUUCCAUCCGCAUGGUUCCAGCCACCUUUGAUAGGAUCAUUCAAUAAUCACCUCAUUGAAUGCUGAUUCCUGUCUAUCAAAUAUGGAAUUAUAUCCUCUUGCAGUCAAUUCUCAUUUGUUGGAUGUGUUAUCAGUUAUUUGCUUUUCAAGAAAUAAGCCGUUGUGAGUUUAAAGUCCCAGUGGGAUUGAUUUCCGUGGAGUGGCGGUCUCUUCUUAAUCUAUAUGAUUUAGAGGUGUCAAAACCAUGUGAUGAUGUAUAUAUCCACACGACUUACGUAAAUUAUGCUCCAAGUUUUCAGUUUCCUCUUUAGCUUAAUAAGUGCAUUGUAUUGUUUUUUAUUAGAAUAUGGUCACCUAAUAUUCAAGGAUUCUGUGAAAUUGUGUCUUUUGGUGCCAAGAACGAGUGAAAUGAAAUGCCGGAAGUGAAGGAGCUUGGAGAGUGGGGCAGCCAAUGAUUAAUACAGAUGAACCUAAUUAAAUGUGUUGUCAAGAUGCAUAUGCUUUAUUGUGGGUCUUAACUAAUGACAUGAUUAAUAUCAGCCUGAACAAAGGGAAAUAACCACAGUUUACCGUUUUGAGG